AAAAGCAAUCGUGUCCAAUUUUGAGUUGCUUUGAAUAUAGGAGAAAACACAAAAGGAAAAAUAGAAAGCAAGGGACAUUCAAACAACGUCGUAUUGAUUUGGUUUCCAGUGCACCGUAUUUGAACUAGAACUAGGUCUGGGUGUUGUUCCAAUCAUCGUUCGUUGUGUAUACUAACUACGCUUCCGGGACUCUUCUGUUAAUCAAAAAUCCAACAGGUCUUGUAUUGGAUUCCAUUGAAUCUCCCUACUUCUCCUUGGAAAUGGAGGGAGCUUAAACUGCAGUGUUCGCGAAAAUGGAAAAUCGAAUGUGCUUUGAGUGUCUUCAACGCCAAAUUCAAUCAGAUUUCUCUGACAAACUCAUCUUCUCCUAUGGCCUCUCAGAUUCUGCUCUCCCCUUUGGCUCCAGCGCCAUCGUUCAGACGUCGAAUUCUAAUGGAGAGGGUUCGUCUCAAUUUAUAUUGGUGUAUAUACCGAGGCAAAAAGACGAUUGCUUGACCAACUACGUUGAUGAGUAUUGUCCGGAAGAUCUUGAAGGCAGUGGUACCAAUGGGAUGGCUGACACAAUAUCAGUGGUAGCAAAUGAAGACCAAGCAGAGGUCAGUGAUGGAACGCACGAAGAUAGAAGUAAAACCACACUAGGAACUUCCUCGAAGGAAUCUAGAUGUUUGUCCAAUGGUGGCAGAGAAACAUUUCUAGCUGGAUUAGGUUGCAAAAGUUUGACCUGUAGCUUUUCUGGUAGGUUUUCUUGCUCAAGGACAAUCACUGCCUUGGCUCCUAUUGCUCGCAUUGGAAUUUCAUCCUAUGGUGCAUUCAAAGAGCUUGCUUUAAGCUUCUUAUCUGGGUUUGCUGAAGAUCAUAUUUUGUGCUCACUUAGUUCCCUCUUAGAAGGAAAAGCAACGGGACGGGACAGCAUAAAUUUUCUCAGUUUAACUGGGAUACCAUCAUUUGAGGACUCCUUUCCUGGCUGCAUAAGGCAUCCAAACAUAGCUCCCAUUCUGGGGAUUCUGAAAACAUCCAGUCAUAUUAAUUUACUGUUUCCAAAAAGUCCUUACACCUUGGAAAAUGUUCUUCAUUAUAGUCCCAAUGCUUUAAAGUCUGAUUGGCAUAUAAGUUUCUUAAUCUACCAGCUACUCUCUGCCUUGGCUCACAUGCAUGGUUUAGCGCUUCCCCAUGGUAAUAUAUGCCCAUCAAAUGUAAUGUUGACUGAUUCAUGCUGGUGUUGGCUGUGCAUUGGUGAUAGACCACAGUUAAGCUCCAAUGCUAGUUCAAGUGGUAAAGAAUACUCUGUCCUCCCUUCUUCCAGGAUAGCUUGCUGCAUUGAAGGUUGUCCUUCUCAAGCACUUUAUGCCGAUUUGAAGCUUUCAAAAUCUAUAGAUUGGCAUUCUUGUUUUAACUGUUGGUGGAGUGGAGAGUUGAGUAACUUUGAUUAUCUGCUCAUCUUAAACAGAUUAGCUGGGAGAAGGUGGGGUGACCACAGAUUUCAUACGGUUAUGCCAUGGGUUAUAGAUUUUAGUGUAAUACCUGAUGAAAAUAAUGAUGCAGGGUGGCGGAAUUUAACUAAGAGCAAGUGGCGAUUGGCAAAAGGUGAUGAACAGUUGGACUUUACGUAUUCAACAUCUGAAAUCCCACAUCAUGUGUCAGAUGAAUGCCUCUCUGAACUGGCUGUCUGCAGUUACAAAGCAAGGAGGCUACCUUUGGGUGUUCUGCGUGUGGCUGUUCGUUCAGUCUAUGAACCAAAUGAGUAUCCUUCUACUAUGCAAAGACUUUACCAGUGGACCCCUGAUGAGUGCAUCCCUGAAUUCUACUGUGAUCCCCAGAUUUUUUAUUCUCUACAUUCUGGUAUGUCUGAUUUGGCAGUACCUUCAUGGGCGAGUUCUCCUGAAGAAUUCAUUAUACUGCAUAGAGAUGCUUUAGAAAGCAACCGAGUUUCACGCCAAAUUCAUCAUUGGAUUGACAUCACCUUUGGAUACAAAAUGUCUGGUGGGGCAGCUGUUGCAGCCAAGAAUGUAAUGUUGCCUGCAUCGGCGCCCACAAUGCCGAGAUCAGUUGGACGCCGCCAGCUUUUUAGUCAACCACACCCUGCUCGACGAUGUGCUACCAUUAAAGAUCAUGACAGUACCUCAGGGUCAGCACCGUCACAAGUGAAUGCAGUUGUGAACAAGCAACCUCUCCUUCUUGAAACUGCUCGUUUGCAAGAAUUGGAAGAAGCAGCUGCAUUUUGUGAACAUGCUCGUUAUUUAGGUCCUUUGUAUAGCUACCAUCUAAAAGAUCCUGCGAAGGAUGGGUCUUCUGCAGAAGAACUUCUGAGCGAUAGUUCAGGGAAAAAUACAUCUAGAACACAUAAUUAUGGCUUCAACAAUAUGCUGCCAUCAGUUAUUGUAAACUAUCUUCUCGAGAAUAUUGAGUUGGAUGAUGAAAGUUCUAUGGGAUACCAAGAGCUACUGCUUUGGAAGCAGAAAUCAUCUUGUUCAACGAUUUCUUCUGAGGAUAUUGCUAAGGACAUAUUUUCAAUUGGUUGCAUUUUAGCAGAACUUCAUUUGAGGAGGCCACUUUUUGAUCCGACCUCAUUAGCUGUGUACUUGGAAAGUGGUGCUUUACCUAGAUUGUUGCAGGAACUUCCCCCUCACACUGGAGUGCUUGUUGAAGCAUGCAUUCGAAGGGAUUGGAAGAGAAGGCCUUCUGCCAGGUGUCUUUUGGAAUCUCCAUAUUUCCCACCAACAGUUCGGUCAUCCUAUUUAUUUCUAGCUCCACUUCAACUAUUAGCAAAAGAUGGAUCACAUCUUCGUUAUGCUGCAAGUUUUGCGAAACGAGGAGCCCUCAAAGCAAUGGGGAAUUUUGCAGCUGAAAUGUGUGCUUUCCAUUGUUUACCUCUUGUGGUGAUUCGUUUGUCAGAUAAUGAAGCUGACUGGGCUUAUGUACUACUGAAAGAAUUCUUGAAGUGUCUGAAUCAGAAAGCUAUAAAGACACUCGUCGUACCUGCCAUCCAGAAGAUUCUACAGGCCACAGGUUAUUCACAUUUGAAACUUUCACUUCUUCAAGACUCAUUUGUGCAGGAGGUGUGGAUUCAAAUCGGUAAACAUGCGUAUCUAGAGACAUUACAUCCUCUGGUUAUAUCGAAUGUGUAUGUUGCUACUCAUAAAAGUUCUGCUGCUGCCGCUUCUGUGCUGCUGAUCGGCUCUAGUGAAGAGCUUGGGGUACCAAUUACAGUUCAUCAGACAAUCUUACCUCUGGUACACUGUUUCGGGAAAGGGCUUUCCAGUGAUGGGAUCGAUGUUGUUGUUAGAAUUGGCAGUCUUUUUGGAGAGAAUUUUGUUGUCAAACAGAUUCUACCACUACUGAGAAAUGUUAUUCGUCGUUGUAUUGAUGUUUCAUAUGUGAAUAAGCCUGAACCUAUGCAGAGUUGGACCAUUUUAGCCCUUAUGGAUUGUCUAAUGGCAUUAGAUGGUCUUAUUGCAGUCUUACCGAGGGAGGUGGUUGUAAAAGAGCUUAUUGAAGAAGGAAGUUGCCCAUAUGUUCGGAUUCUCAUGCAUACCCAUUUGGGAAUUCCUGUGCUCCAGGCUGCUGCUACAGGUCUCAUUGCAGUUUGUCAGCAAAUUGGGCCAGAUUUAACAGCAUUGCAUGUCCUGCCAAAACUCAAAGAGCUAUUUGAUGAGCUUGCUUUCUCUCAGGAGACCACCAGUGGUUUUGGUUCUCUUGGUGGAAGCCUGAAAAUUUUCAACACCAAAGGUGAUGAGGAAGAUCAGCCCGAAAGACGUCUGGACCUUGUGUUGCUUUUGUAUCCUCAUUUUGCAUCUCUCCUUGGAAUAGAAAAACUUCGUCAGUGCUGUGCCACGUGGUUGCUUCUUGAGCAGUUUCUUUUACGUCGUCAUAAUUGGAAGUGGGAAUACACAGGGGAACCUGCACGAAGUGGUUCAGAAUUUAGAGAUGCUAGAAGUCCUAGUUUCAGCAAGAGCUCAACAUCUGAAUACAGUCCUGCCAAAAUGUUGCUAAAUGGGGUAGGGUGGUCAAUACCGCAGUCGCAAGGAAAUAGAGGUGCCAAAAACUUGAUGCCUCAAAAACAAAUAUACAAUCAACAUAAUAAUCUAGUUGAGAGGCAUGUAACAACCUCAACUUUUGCAAAGCAUGAACCUUGGUAUUGGUUCCCCAGCACAGCAGCUAGCUGGGAAGGGCCUGAGUUUCUUGGUCGACCUGGAAAUAUAAAGGAGGAACUUCCAUGGAAAAUCAGAUCAUCUAUUAUACACUCUGUCCGUGCACAUCAUGGAGCACUAAGGUCUUUUGCUGUUUGCCGAGAUGAGUGCACGGUCUUCUCAGCCGGAGUCGGUCCAGGAUUCAGGGGAACUGUUCAGAAGUGGGAAUUGUCAAGAAUUGAUUGUCUAUCUGGAUACUAUGGCCAUGAUGAGGUUGUUAAUGAAAUUUGCGUACUACCAUCCUCCGAAAGGGUAGCUUCUUGUGAUGGAACAGUACAUGUUUGGAAUAGUCAAACGGGGAGACUGAUAUCUGUAUUUACUGAAUUUUCUGCAAAUUCUGCACAUCUUACAAGCCCUUUAGCUUCUGCACCAAAGAUGAAUUUUGAUCAAGCUCAUAUACUCAAUUUCAAUCCACUAUCAAGUGGAAUAAUGACUACUGCAUUUGAUGGAAGUUUGUACACUAGUAUGCAUUGCUUGGAAUCCACUGAUAUGCUUGUAGUGGGCACCGGAAAUGGUUCUCUCAGAUUCAUUGACUUCAACAAAGGUCAAAAGCUUCAUCUAUGGAGGAGUGAAUCUGUUGAAUCCAGUUUCCCGUCCCUUAUAUCUUCUAUAUGCUCUUCUGGUUUUGACAAAAUGCAAGCCAAUGGAACUGCAGCUUUUCCAUCUUGGAUUGCCGCUGGACUAAGUUCUGGUAAUUGCAGGUUGCUUGAUAUGAGGAGUGGAAAUAUUAUUGCCUCCUGGCAGGCACAUGAUGGUUAUGUGACGAAGUUGGCUGCACCAGAGGAUCAUUUGCUAGUUUCCAGCUCUCUUGACAGGACACUAAGAAUUUGGGACUUGAGAAGGAAUUGGACAUCACAACCCAUUGUUGUCAGAGGGCACAACGAUAGUGUAUCCAGUUUCUCUGUUUGGGGACAAGAUUUGAUCUCAAUAUCCAAAAAUAAGAUUGGGCUUUCUUCUUUAUCUAGAUCGUUUGAUGAGGAUGGGAAGCAUUGCGUCACACCCCAGCAUCUCUACAUGGCUGAUCAUGAAUCAAGGAACUUGUCUGUGUUAUCGAGCAUAACUAUUUUGCCUUUCUCACGACUGUUUCUUGUUGGUACAGAAGAUGGUUUUUUGAAAAUCUGUUGUUAGAUUGGUAUCUGAUAGUCGUAUAUGUGGUUAUUGUUGUAAAAAUGGUUUCUACUUUCUACCCAGUGCAACUCAUUUAUGGGGCUUCUUGUUUCAUUGUACAUUAUGAAUGUAUAUUUGAACGUGAAUCCAUUCUUGUUAAUUGGCGAUUUAUGUGAUUUACCUUUCGGGAUGCAUAUGAUGUAGGGGGUAUUGAAAGGUGGGAUUUGUUUGUGUCUGGAACCGCUCAUGGAUUCCAAAGCUGACACGCCGGAGUUGGAAGCCCUUUUUUUUUGAUUUGUGCUGUGCAAGUUGACAUGAUUGAACACUAGUUACCAUUCACUAGACAUACAUUAAUGGAAUUAGAUAUGUCGAUAUCGCAUGGUUUUUGUCACGUUUAUGUGCUUU